AUGCGCAUCUUCUGGCCGAACACCAUCACCAAUGCGGCUUUAUGGUCGGCAACGCAUCAGGAGCCAAUAUCUUUCGAAAUCCGACGCCGCAAGUGGAUGUGGAUUGGUCAUACCUUAAGAAAGCCACAUGAUGAUAUCGCACGCUCAGCUCUAGAUUGGAAUCCUCAGGGUAGUUGCAGAAGAGGUAGACCGGCUAAUACGUGGAGGCGACUGGUAGACGUAGAAGCACUGGAAGCUGGCUACACAUGGCGGGAAAUUAAAAACUUAGCUUUAGACAAAAUAGAAUGGAGAAAAUUUGUUAAGGCGAUGGAGACGGACAGACUGACGGACAAAGCUUAUUCAACCCAAAAAGUUAUUCAGUAA